AUGAAGCACCUUCUGCUGUUGGGGAUGGCUUUUGCCGCAAUCCACGUCAGCCAUUCAAUCAUUCCAGAUUUCUGUCAGUUGGACCCAGUUGGAGGUGAUGGCCCAAGCUUCAUUCAUUCUAUCCAUUAUAAUCACCUCACUGAUCGCUGCGAGCCUUUCAUAUACUCAGGGAUCGGAGGAAACAGCAACCGUUUUGAAAAAGAAAGAGAGUGCAUAAGAAACUGCUCUGCCAAUGCAGAGGAUAUCUACCCCAUGGAUGAAUCUAAGGCUUGUCACUUUAAAAGGGCCUCAGGUCAAUGUAAAAAUCAGCUUAUGAGAUACUAUUAUGAUCCCAUUCAUGACAAAUGCAAAAAGUUCCAAUGGACUGGUUGCAUUGGAAACGGAAACCGAUUUGUCACCUUUGACAGCUGCAAUCGGACAUGUGAUGGAAUCCACGACGAAGGUGAUGAAAUCGAGGAGGACGAGCCAGACACUCCUAUUGCGAUCAUCUGCGGAGUUUUGCUUGCUGUCAUUAUCGUUUCCAUCUUUGUAACUGUGAUCGUCUUGACAGUUCGUUCAAAGAAAACGAGCGCCAAGAAGAUGGCAGGAGGAAAAAGUAAAGAAUCAAAGUCUGAUACACCUCUUCAGGAACCGGCACUGGAAAUGGCAUAG